AUGGCGGAGUGCGUGCCGCCAUUAUUUUACGCUGAUGACCAGGCCUUGCUGGCCACCACGCCAGCAGGCCUGCGUUUCCAGCUUGGUUACCUUGAGAGCUACUGUGCCGCCUGGGGCCUGACGGUUAACACCAAAAAGACCCAGGUGGUAGUGUACACCACUGGCAGGGCUGCUGCCACGGAGGAGCGGUUCCGCUACGGCGGCAAUGAGGUGGAAACCGUCCCCACCUUCAGAUACCUCGGCGUGCACCUGCACUGCCGGCAGGCCUUUGCCUCGGCGGCAUCGUAUCGGGCGGAGGCUGGGCGGCGCGCGAUGCACCUGCUGCGUCGCCGCCUGGCCGAGAAUGGGUUGCAGGACCCCCUGCUCAGCAUGCGUGCGUUCAAGUCUUACGUCCUGCCGACGUUGUCGUACGGGGCAGAGAUCUGGGCGCCGCAGCUGAUUCUGCAGGGCAGGACGGCAUGCGAGCGGGUACAGCUGGAGUACCUGCGAGGGCUGCUGGGUGUGCGGGACAGCACCCCAGCCCUCAUUGUGCUGGCAGAGACGGGGCAGCUGCCGCUGCCCGCCUACUGGACCUUGCAGGUUGCACGCUUUGUGAGCAACCUGCAGCUAUGGGCGGCGAGCGGGGCUGCUGCCACGGAGGAGCGGUUCCGCUACGGCGGCAAUGAGGUGGAAACCGUCCCCACCUUCAGAUACCUCGGCGUGCACCUGCACUGCCGGCAGGCCUUUGCCUCGGCGGCAUCGUAUCGGGCGGAGGCUGGGCGGCGCGCGAUGCACCUGCUGCGUCGCCGCCUGGCCGAGAAUGGGUUGCAGGACCCCCUGCUCAGCAUGCGUGCGUUCAAGUCUUACGUCCUGCCGACGUUGUCGUACGGGGCAGAGAUCUGGGCGCCGCAGCUGAUUCUGCAGGGCAGGACGGCAUGCGAGCGGGUACAGCUGGAGUACCUGCGAGGGCUGCUGGGUGUGCGGGACAGCACCCCAGCCCUCAUUGUGCUGGCAGAGACGGGGCAGCUGCCGCUGCCCGCCUACUGGACCUUGCAGGUUGCACGCUUUGUGAGCAACCUGCAGGCUAUGGGCGGCGAGCGGGUCGCCCGUCUUGCCAUGCUGGAUAGCGUUGCGCUGGCUGCCGACACGGACACAGGGCUGCCACUGGCCCGGCAGCCCUGGGCAGCGCAGGUUAGCCGCGUUCUCGCGGCGGCCGGCGCCCCCUGCGACUUGACUGCUGACGAGGGGGUCGCCAUACCUGAAUUGGCGGAAGCGCUCCUGGAGCGCCAUGUUGCCUCGUACACGCAUGCAUCCGUCAAGGUGCAGCGGUACAUUGAGGACGUGUGGGGGGGCAGCAUCUCUGCGGAGGCCUACACGCCUGCGUCGUUCCUGUGCGAUGUGCCCGAGCGCCGGCGCCGGGUGCGCCUGGCGCAGUGGCGCACGGGGUCGCACUGGAUGGCUGAGGAGACAGGCCGGUGGCAGCGGCUGGACCGCACCCAGCGCCCAUGCCCCCACUGCCAGGCCCCUCUAGAGGACGUACGCCACGCAGUGUAUGACUGCCCCCUAUACGCUGGGCUGAGGGAGGAGUAUGCUGGCCGCGGCUAA